AAAUUCAAAAUUCCAAUAAAUAAGAAUAUUUUUUCGAUCACUUCAUCCGAUUGUAGUGUACUCCAUGAAUCUUAUCUGGUGCAAGAUAAGGCAGCCAUCAGUAGUAUAAAAGCUUUUCCCAUGCUUUUCGUUUGCUUUACUUUUGGUGCUGUUAAAUAAUGGUAGCCAUGAAGAUUAUUCUUCCGUUUCUUUGUGCAUUGGCAUUAGCCAGUGGUUCUCGAGUUGAGCUGUACAAAAGAAGAUCCGUCAAGGAAAUUGAAUUUGCACCAGAUGGGAGAAUCGUAAACGGUGGUGAGGCCCAACCAGGCCAAUUUCCCUACCAAGCAUUAGUGUUGAGUUAUUUCGACGGCGAUGAAGAAGCCUUAUGUGGAGGAUCCCUCCUGUCCACGAAGUACGUGCUAACUGCAGCUCAUUGUGUGAUGUCAUUAUAUGUAGAAGGUGCCUUCGCCACGCAUGGAACAGUCAUUCUUGGAGUUCAUAAUCGUCAGCUUGAAGAGCCAUCACAGCAAAGUAUCGACUUUGCCUCAAUCAAUGCUCACAAUUGGAACAUUGCAGAGAUGCAAAACGACAUUGCCACUAUUGAGCUUGCCACUCCUGCGGUGUUCAACGACUAUGUUCAACCAAUCGAACUGCCUGCGAUGUCCGACCAAAGAACAUUUUCCGGAAUGCUGGCCACCGUAUCUGGAUUUGGCCGAACCAAUGACAUUCCUGGAUCGCCAGAAUCUGACAUGGUGAGGUAUACGCGCAAUCCUGUGCUGACAAAUGCCAACUGCCGGGCUAUGUUGGAACCAUUUUCGGUUCAACCGCAACACCUGUGCUUGUCCGGUAUCGGAGGACGGAGCCCGUGCCAUGGUGAUUCCGGAGGACCUCUAACUAUUCAGGAGGAUGGACGCAGUGUACAGAUUGGUGUUGUGGCGUUUGUCUUAGGUGGUAUCUGUUCUGUAGGCGUGCCUGUUGGCUUUAUGCGGGUAUCUUAUUUCUUGAACUGGAUUGCGCUAAAUUCGGAUGUUGUUUUGCGUCCAUAAAUUGAAGGAAUGGAAAAAUGAAUUCAUACUAGUGUUAGGUUCAUGAAAGUGUAUAUGUUUUAAAAUUAUACUGCCGUUCUACGCAUAAUUGUCCCAUGCUCAAUAAAGGGCAACUGAGAAAAACGCGAUUGAAUGAGGAGCGGCCGUGGCUGACUGGUUACGGUGUUCGCUUUGUAAGCGAAUGGUCCUGGGUUCGAUUCCCAUCUGCUCCCAACGAGAAAGUAUAGGAAAUAUAAAUCUUGAAACUUUGAACAUGAACGAAAAAUCAAAGUCGCUCGAGUCGGGGUUCGAUCCCCCGUCCUUUGGAUUGGUAAGCAAAAAUGCUAACCACUAGGCCAUCACGACUUGGUAAGCUACGACUGGAAUUAGGAAUACUGUUACUAUCAACUAUAUACGCGCUGGGUCCUUGUCCAUUUGACAAGGGUUCGGAAGUUCUAAAUAACGUUUGAAUCCGAUUGGUGCAAACGUUCUUCAGGGCGGGGCUUGUCGAUAAAGCUGAAGUACCUCGCGCUCGGCUAGCCAGCGUAGAAAUGGGUCACCGAAGCUCGGCAGAGCUAACACCUUCCAAAUGCCUAUGCGAGUUAUUUGCAUGUAUAGAAUGUAGAUCUAAAAAUACACGGAAACAACUCAAUUUGUAAGAAGCGGCCGCGUGGUCCCGUUUGGUUGGUUUCACACACACACACACACUGAGAAAAACGCGAUUGAAAUUUUCGAUCGAUUUUUGUGUUUCUACGCAUAAUUGUUCCGUGGGUCCCUAUUCGCCCUAUAAGUCCCUAAUCACCCCGGUUAACAUUUUAUCACCCUUAUUUGUAAUCCUCUUGCAGGUUAACAUGUAAACAAGAUGAAAUGCUUCGUAAAACUGAUGAUUUUUUAGUAGAAAAUACUUGGUGGGACAAUUAUGCCUAGAAGUUCAACGAUGGGACAAACAGAUUUGUAGUUGUUUUCAAUGAUUUUCCGAACAAAGUACUAGAUUUUAUGUGUUUUUCUGAAAGUAUACGUCGAACUAAAAUUAAAAAUGAUAAAAAGUCAGAAUCGUCCAAAAAUUACAUGGGACAAUUAUGCGUAGAACGGCAGUAUAAUGAUAAUAAAAACAUUGUUAUGUAAGGAACAACAAA